AUAAGCCCCUUUCUCGGGCCCCCAUUACUCGGGUUUGAGAAGAGAAAAUGACAACCUCCACUACGUUGCAGUCGUUGUUCAUGAAAGAAGAUGAAGAGCGAAGAAAAGAGCAACGAAACUGGUUGGAUCUUCCGCCGGAGUUGACGACUUCGAUCCUGCUCCGACUUAGCGUGACUGAUAUUCUGAACAACGCUCAGAAGGUGUGCAGACAGUGGCGACGCGUCUGUAAAGACCCUUCGAUGUGGCAGAAAAUCAACUUGCGAGACUGCCUAUUCUAUCAGUUCGAUUUCGAGGGCAUGUGUCGUCACAUUGUUGAUCUCAGCCAGGGUGGCUUGCUAGAGAUCAACAUUGGACACUUCUUGAGCGAUUCUCUCCUCAGCUACAUCGCCGAUAGAUCAAGUAAUCUGAAAAGCCUUGGACUUUCAAUCUAUGAACCAAUGACGAACGAAGGAGUUAUGAAGGGAAUUGCAAAAUUUCCAUGGCUUGAAACCCUCGAGGUCUUCCAUUCAUCGUUUAAACUGGAUUUGAAGGCUAUAGGCCACGCUUGCCCACAGCUAAAGACAUUGAAGCUAAACUUCUCAGGCUGCCCAGGGCAUGAAAUUUAUCUUAUAAGCCAGUUAGAUCUCAUUCCCCCUCCCGUCGAAUGUGAUGAUGAUGCCCUAGCAAUCGCUGAAAGCAUGCCGAAACUACGCCACCUCCAGCUUAUUUGGAACGGACUGACCAACACUGGCUUGAAUGCCAUUCUCGACGGUUGUCCUCACCUGGAAGACCUUGAUGUGCGCAAGUGUUUCAACAUUAAACUUGUCGGGAAUCUUGAGAAGCGAUGUUUGGAGAGGAUCAAAGAGUUGAGACGCCCCGGUGACUCAACAGCCGAUUACCCAUAUAAUAUCGAAAAGAAAAUGAAAACCUCCUCUCCGUCGCCGAUGAAAUACGAAGAGCCAAGAAGCUGGGCGGAUCUUCCGUCGGAGUUGACGUCUUUGAUCCUGAUCCGUCUUAGCGUGGCUGAUAUUCUGAACAACGCUCAGAAGGUGUGCAGACCGUGGCGACGCGUCUGUAAAGAACCUUCGAUGUGGCGGAAAAUCGACAUGAGAAGCCUGAUCAGAGAUAGGGGAAUGCUCGAGCCCUUAGCUAUCAUGUGCCGUCACGCCGUGGAUCGCAGCCAGGGUGGUUUGGUCAAAAUCCACCUUGGGAACUUCGUCAACGAUGAUCUUCUCGACUACAUCGCUGAUAGAUCAAAGAAUCUGAGAAGUCUUGGACUUGGAAUGUGCUUUCCAAGGGUGACGAGGCCAGGACUUGUGAAUGCAAUCACAAAACUUCCAUUGCUUGAAACCCUCGAGGUCUCACACUCAUGUUUACAACUGAGUUUGGAAGAUAUAGGCCACGCUUGCCCACAGCUAAAGACAUUGAAGUUAAACUCCUCAGGGGGUUUCUGGAACUCUCGCAAUGAUGAUGAUUAUGCCCUAGAAAUCGCUAAAAGCAUGCCAGAACUACGCCACCUCCACCUUUAUGCGAACAACCUAAGUAACACACGCUUGAAUGCCAUUCUUGACGGCUGUCCUCACCUGGAACGAUUGGUUACAGAUGUGUUGCAAGCUUAACCUUGUCGGAGAUUUGGAGAAGCGAUGUUUUGAGAGGAUCAAAUACUUUGGACACACCAAAUCAUGACUCAACCUUUGAUCACCCAUUUGCUAUCACUCUUUCAAUGACUUGGACAACAUUGAGGUUUACUAUGAGUAGAUAGUGAAUCUCUCUGAACACAGGUUGCUUUUGAUGGUCAUGUCACAUUAUGAACUUAUGUCUCCUCUUUUCUCUAUGUUGAUUACCCAUUUGAUAUCACUUUUGUCAAUGACUUGGACAACAUUGAGGUUUACUAUGACUUUUAUCUGGACUAUAUAGUAUAUCUCUUUGAACACAAGUUGCUUUUUAUGGUCAUGUCACAAUUCACAUUAUGAACUUGUUCAUGUCUCCUCUAGUCCUCUUUUCUCUAUGUUGGUUUGGUAGUGUUUCAAAGUCCCUUAUUUUCUUUGUACGUCUUAAGUUUGUAGCGCGUGAUUGUAACUCGCGUACGAUGCAGAAGUUGUUUCUUAAGAAAUUGUUUUUCACAAA